UUACCAUUCGUCCGAGUUUCAAUAUGAAUCCACUUCUGACAAUAUAUUUACUGUAGCGAUACUAAAAAUGUGUCAUUUAGAGCUUAGCUAUUUGCUCAACAUGGCUUCUUGUCAAACAGACGCGGUAUCCGCUUUAAGUGACGCACGACAACUGUGGGGGGAGUUGAGCAAACUGUCCGGUGAUCCACUUAAAUCCCAAAGUGUAUAUUUUGAAUAUAUGCAAUCAGUACCGAAACAAUAAACUGGUACUUGUGUGAGUAAUUCACCACAAUCAAUGCGCCACACACAAUUCCUUGUCCAAGAAGCGUAAUGUUAAGUAGAGGUUCAUACAGCUGAAACGAUUAAGUUUGUCCCAUCUCACGACCUGUACUUUAUACCUCGGAAAUGCGGUUGUUUACGGAAUCAAGAGGAAAUGCGACGCUCCACGGAAAACAAUUUGUAUCGUUAUACUUAAGCUAAGGAAUUGAAUUAGUUACUUUUACUAGCAAAAGCAUCUCACACUAAACAUAAACUAUAUCUGUGUUUAAUACGGCAAUUUUAUGUUUGCUAUAAUAGCUUGUGACAUAGUGGUCGGAAUCUGCAACGUUAACUCUGAAUUAAAACUAGUGCUGCAAGCUAGUAAGCUAACGUUGACAUCACAGGCAACCUAUUGUUUGUGUAACAUUAAGUUUGGUGGGAUGGAAGUAACCGAACGGUAAACGUGGACCAACUAACAUACGUCUACGACCUGUUUAGCGUUCUCUACACCGAAAAACGAGUUGAAGAAACUGGCACAUCCAGUUUAAAGAAACCAAGAUUAGCUGUGCCCGACAAAUGCCACUCUACUGCAAGUGCCAGUCGAAAGCUGCCUUCUGUUCGGCUUACUGAAAAUAACAGACUUUACAGAGUUAGCACACAUUUUUGGGAUAAUGGCCGAGGCUAUAGUGACGUUUCAGUCCCAACUUUCUGGUGUCAUGGAAACGGUAUUCAAAGCUGCCAUGUACGAGAUCACCCGGCUGGUGGAGGACAGCUUUUUGGAAGAGGUAACACGGUGCAGGGAGCAGGUGGAGUCCCUAAAGAGGCGGCUGAAGUGGUCAGAGAGUCGACGUAAAGAAAGAGAAGGAGAUAGGAGGGGGAGAUGUAUUGACUGCGGAAAACUUGGAGUCUCCAGUGAGGAAGAACCCAGACCGACAGAGAAAAGUCUUAAACAGGAGAGUGUGCUGCAAGAAGAGAUUAAUAGCUCCCAGGAUACUGAUGGAGAGACACUUUGUCAUGAAGCGGAAGAUGCCCACAGUGCCAUGAAGGCACCACAGUCUUCAGGUGUACAGAGUGAAAAGCUGGAUGGACUGCUCAAGGAGGAAGCUCUUCGGAUCACUCCAGAAACUAAUGAGUCCCAAGAGAGAUGGGGAGUCAGCUUGGAGGAAACAGAGGCAGGUCUACCGGGGCCCAGUAAACGUUACAGUGACCAGAAGAUCCCAAAGUGCCACGUGAACUGGGAAGUUGGCUUUGACCAGACGCCAGAAUCAGGCCAAGACGGACACUCAGGUGACCCAUCUGCACCACUUUUUCAGAGCAGGUAUGGUAUGGAAGACUUGGGUGGCUUUGACAAGACUGGCUACGGAGACGGCAAUAUGAUGGACAUGGGUAACUUGGAUGGGUUACAAGGAUCCCCAUCGCAGCUGGGUGAGGAUCUGAGUUACAUGGGGCACUAUGAGGGGGAUGUGGAAGCACCAGAAGGAGCUGAGCAUCAAGCUUACCAAGCAGGUGCUCCACGAACUAGAAGGGGUGGGGCCAGUUCACCUGCAGGCUCACCCUCAAAGACUAACAUUGAUGUAAGUGGAGAGUUCAGCUGUUUAUUGAUCAAUGAAGAAGGAUAUCUACAGGACCCGGGUAUGUUGUACCCUGAACAUGUGUCCAGUGAAUCAGGCGGCAGGUUGAGCCUCCGGGGCCCAGGCAUUCGCAUUGACCCGUCUUUAGACAGCACAGCAGAUAUGUAUGGGCCAUCCGAUACAUACAGUGAUAACUUAAACGUGGGGGAGAGGUUGCAACAACAGGCGGGAGGGAGAGGAGGGAGGAGACAUGCCUGUAACCUGUGCUCCAUGUCCUUCUCUGAUUCAGCCUCACUGAAGGCCCAUAAGCAGACCCACAAAGGUACCGGACAGGUGCCACCAUACUCCUGCACCCAGUGCGGAAAGACCUUUGCUCAAGCCUGUAACCUCAAAGUCCACCAGAGGAUUCACUCGGGGCAGGGGCUCCACCUCUGCAGCCAUUGCGGUAAAGGUUUCCCUUCUUUCUCCGACCUAAAGGCACACAAGUGCGGUCAAACAGGUGACAAACCUUACUGCUGCACUGUAUGCGGGAACAAGUUCAGCCGUCUCUGGAAUCUGAAGUUACACCGGAGGAUUCACACACAGGAAAAACCUCACCAGUGCACCAUGUGUGAUAAGAGCUUCACACGGGCGGACAUAUUGAAGGUUCACCAGCGUACCCACACAGGGGAACGACCAUACUGCUGCACUGUCUGUGGCCUCAGUUUCAAACGUCUGGAUCAUCUGAAAUCACAUCAACGCAAACACAUGACACGCAUCAUGUCGGACCUGGACACCCUCAUUGUCACUUUCCAGACCCAGCUCUCGGAUGUGAUGGAGACUGUGGUGAAGACAGCCAUGUACGAGGUCACCAGGCUGGUGGAGGACGGCUUCUUGGAGGAGGUGAAGCGCAGGAACCGGGAGGUGGAGUCCCUGAGGAUGCAGCUGCAAUGGGCCGAGAGGAAAUUGAGCGACCAAGAGGGGAAAGAAGGAGGGAAAACUGGGAGGUGUGUUGACUGUGCCAAGGAUGAUGUGGAGAUAUCCAGUGACACCGCAGAACAAAGGACCAAAGAACAACAAGAUGGUAAGAUCAAGCAGAUGCAGUAUUUAUUUAGGUAUAAAAUGCUGUAUUCUCUUAUACUACUCCAAUACUGUUUUUUUCCAGACAUCUUGAGGGACUGUGGUGUGAAGAAAGAGGGCGACUCUGUGGAAAGGUGGACAAGAAUCCGACAGGAAGUCAUAUCAGAGGCAGCACAGGCAUCAGAUAAUCCUGCAGUCGCUCCCAGCCCUGAACCACUGGCGACAGAAGAAGAAGAUGUGCUGACAGCGGUGGACGUAAAGGAAGAAGAAGCGAAUAAGCUGUCUUGUUCUGUGCACUUGGGAGGAUGGAGUGGUACCCUGGAUGGUGAAGCAGGAUCUGAAUCCCACAGCACUACUGAAACGACUGAGGCACAACCAAAACAGACUCAAGACAACAGUGAGGACUUAUUGAGGAAUGUCAUUAAGCAAGACCCUCAGAUCUCUACUGGAUAUGUCUUUCAUGAAGAGCAGGAGGAAACACACAUGGCUUCAGAUCCAUCUCUGGAGGUGGGCAGUGGUUGGGCGGGCCUGACUGUCACAACAGCUGGAUUGCUUCAGAAUCACAGACUCGCAGCAGAAAAGGAUUGUGAUCCAGCUAAAACUCAAGGUUCUUUACAGCAAACGGAACACGAGCUGGCCGGCUCAGUCGCAGCAGAGGUUAAUGUUCUGGCUCCAGGUAGAGAUCAGAUGUCAUCCUCAGCUUCGCCUCCGGCAAGACUGCAAGACUGUGGUGCGCUGGGUGUGACCAUCAAGCAGGAGGUCAUUGUCGAUUCUGAUGGGUGUGCGGAAAGCAAGCAUAAGGAAAAGAGACUAUCAAAGUCUGGGGUGGCGUCUCUCUCGUGUUCAGCAAAACAGCACAGAGCUGGAUCAGAACCACUCAAGCAGAACCACAUUUCCCAUAAAUCCACUGUGCAGGAGGUUAUGAAGCUGCAUUCCAAAGUGGGUACAGGUCUCAGGCUGCAAGCUGCUAUACAGCACCUCCACCGGCCGAUGAGAAAGCCCCCCCACGUACUCUCGAACUGCACCAGCGCAGCUCUGUCCAUAGCUCACUCUCAGGUUGUGAACUUAAACUCCCUCAACAGAAUUCCCUCCACAUCUAAAGCCGCUCCUCCUCCACUCUCAGUCCAGCGACUUCACCUGGGCGACAAACAGGCCGCAGCACACAGCCGAACCGGUGGCCCGUGGGUCAGCAUCAAAACCCAACUUCAGUCUGCAAACUCCCAUCACACCAACCCCUUACCCCACCCAGACUCUCACCUCCACGCCGGCCCCAGGCACCUCCUGCGCUGUGGCCAGUGUGGGAAGUGCUUUCCCCACCCCAGCAACCUGAAGGCCCACCUGCAGACUCACACGGGUGAGCGGCCUUUCUGCUGCUCCCUCUGUGGUCGCAGCUUCACCAAGCUGAGCAACCUGAAGGCCCACAGACGGGUCCACACCGGAGAGAGGCCGUACUGCUGCUUGGCUUGUGGCAAACGCUUCACCCAGAAAUGUAACCUGAAACGCCACCAGAGGAUUCAUCUGGACGUAUGCUGAUGGACAGCCAGUGAGGAAAGAGACACGUUUGGUGUGUUUGUUUCUUUUAGAUGAAGAUGCUACAGUGUUUCCUCCGCAGUGUAGUACAGUUGCUGUGAUGCAUUGCAAAAAUGCUUCUUGUUUAGGCGUCUCUUGAAGUGAUUGUUCUGUGCAUUUGAGAAAGGUUAAUCUAGCAAUUUUAAAAGGUGUUGUAGUGCUAUUUAAGGACAGAAACCAGUGUGUUGUGAAAUGUAGCAUGCACAGAGAAAGGUCAGUUGUCACUUUUGCUCAAUAAAUAACUAUUUAUUCUGUGAAUACUCUCAUUCUUCCAUUAUGUGAAUUGCACCAUGAGCACAAAAGCACUUACUAUCUAUUUGACCAUGGAUCAGGGCAGGUAUUUGUCAGCCUGCCGAAAGUGGAAUUUUGGACAUGCAUGAAAUGUAAAAGUGAUUCACGCUUAAGUCUUGGACCUUGACUGAAUUACUUAUGGCUCUACUUUAAUUACAUUGAAGAGCACUUCAGAGGUCUGUUAAGUUGUUUAAGAGGAUGUCUUCGAUGGCUGCAGAACAGGAGCAGGUGAGCACACAGCUUCUAAUGCAUGUUCAUCAUUGGUCAGGAUGACUUCCACUUGAAAUUAUAUUCAGGAUGGUGCAGCCAUAGCCUAUUAUUUACAUUUACUUUUACAUUUCAUAGGGCACCACUUUUUUAUUUCUGUAAUGUUGGC